CACGUAAACAGAGGCUGCAUCCUCGUCAACCAAGCUAUCCUCUGCGCGGGUAACGAUGGUGCUCGCCAGAUCGACGGGGGCAGCGCACAUGUCGAGGCCAAGUUGGAUCAGACUAGCCACUGCACAAAGGAUUUCUCGUGGCCGUCUAGCUAUGGUGAUAUUUACUAUGGGGCUGAUAACUCUCUUUAUAACUCAAACGGCCAGAACAUUAACGGUCAGUGCUGCUGA